GUCACAUGUCCAUUUCGCGCGAAAGUGUGUUGAUGUUCUGGUCAUAGCGACUUUGAUCAAGCCUGCAUAUAUACCUCGAUGGCUGAAGCUGCUGAGUUGGAAUUUGAUCGUUCGUCUUUCCUGACCAGAAGAGAAUUGUGUGGUUCUAGAUUUGACAUCAUUAUGUCUCAGGCGCGGGUCACCGAUUUUUACGUCCAGAGAAAGAAAGAUGCUAUUGGGGCUGCGCAUGGUGAUGGUAAUAGAACCCAAGUUGUGGACACUGUAACAAGUCAUCCCAGCACAAUAUCAACUCGGUCGAAAAGCAAGAAUGCAGCAUCUACAACAAAUGUUAUGAUAACGACUUCAAAAUCCACAUGUUCUGAAAACAGUGUACAAGAGGAGUUUUGGAGAGUUAUUGACGAGGCGACUUCGGUCAAUAAGGUGGAGAGCGUGUCUCCUGUGCUGGCGAGGACUAACUCGGAAAAACAAACCCUUUUCUCCAGCCCUCGUACUCCCAAGAGGACCUCUACAGAUGCUGAGUUCGAUCUUGGAUCAGCUGUUUUUUCAGCCACUGCUGAACAUAAAAUCGCAAAGAAGCGUCUUCGGAUCGAGGCAAGAAAACAUGGCAUCGCUGCAGGGACAAGUCCUGGGCCGGUUAAAGUUGUGAAGAAGGCGGUCAGGAAGAAAUUGAUUCUCUUCGAAGACGACGAAAAGGCAACCCAGCCUCCGGCUAAAGAUGUCCUGCAGGUACCCUAUUCACUACCUGUUGAUAAAGAAUCAAAGAAUUUAGUCAACUGCAGUGCCAACCAUUCUCCAACGGGCAAACCACAUGUUCAGGGCAGCUCAAAACCAAAAGAGGGGCACAAGACUUUCUCCAAAGAGGAUGUUGCAGCACUCAAGUUCCAACUUCAGAAGAUCAAGGACCAGACACAGAAAGCUGAGAACCUGCCCUCUACGGCCACAGGGACUACUGCCCCAGACCUGAAGAGAAAGCUAGCCCGUGUCAAAGAGCUUGCUGCUAAGGCACAACAUCGGAAGGCGGAGAGGUUGGCAGAGGCCAGAUCUACUGAGGAAAAUAAUUGCCCAAUAACCGAGGAUGGAGAUAAGCUCCCAGCCUAUCAGCGGUACCAUACUCUUGCCCAGGAUACUCCCCCUGGCCUCACCCUGCCCUUCAAGUACAAACUGCUUGCUGGAAUGUUCCGUAGCAUGGACACCAUAGUGGGAAUGCUUUUCAACCGCUCAGAGACUGUUACCUUUGCCAAAGUGAAGCAGGGUGUCCAGGACAUGAUGCACAAGCGUUUUGAAGAGACCCAUGUGGGCCAGAUUAAGACGGUCUAUCCUACUGCCUACCAUUUCCGCCAGGAGAGAAACAUUCCUACCUUCAGUGCUACAGUGAAGAAGUCCAGCUACCAGCUCACAGUGGAGCCUGUCAUUGAAGCUGAUAAGAGCAAGGCAGUGCUGGCUGCUUCCCGCCUGUUAGAGAGGAGACGUAUCUUCCACCAAAACCUAAUCAGCAUUGUGAAAGGGCAUCACAAGGCGUUCCUUGCCAAGUUGAAUCCUCCUAUUAGAGUCCCAGAUGACAAGCUUACCCGCUGGCACCCUCGCUUCAAUGUGGAUGAGGUGCCCAAUGUCCUGUCCGGUGAGCUACCCCAGCCCCCACGGGGAGCUGAGAAGCUAACCACUGCCCAGGAGGUUCUGGACCAGGCCCGCUCCAUGAUGACCCCCAAGGUGGAGAAAGCACUGGCCAACGUGGUUCUGAAGACCGCAGAGAUGGUCUGUGUAAAAGAGCAAGAGCCUGUUCCACAAACUCCCGUAGCUCCUUCUGAAACUCACAGUGCCCUCAAAGGGGUGUCUCAGUCCCUGCUGGAGAGGAUCCGAGCAAAGCAGGCUCAGAAGCUCCAAGCUGCCUUGACCCGGAACCCUCAGCAGGAGGAGCGCCUUGUGAUGAUGUCACGGCUGGAGGAACUGGCUCGGAUCCUGCGUAAUGUCUUUGUGGCAGAGAAGAAACCCGCACUGAUCAUGGAGGUGGCCUGUAACCGGAUGGUCUCUAGUUACCGCUCUGCCAUGAGCAUGGGUGAUAUGGAGCUGCACCUUCACCUGCUGGCAGAACUGACUUCUGAAUGGCUUACGAUUCACACAAUUAGAAAGGACUUCUAUCUCAAGUUGAACAAGACCAUGGACCUGAAUGUGGUACUGGAGAAGCUGAAGCAGAAGACCAAAGAGGAAGAAAGCCUUUGAAGUUUAAAAGCUAUGAUUUUCAAUGUGUAAUUUGAAUAGAGACAUAUUGUCCUUUGUGUGUGUACGCAUAUAUAUAUAUAUUUGUGACUAAGUUUUUGAUUAUUGUACAAUGCAUGGCUGGUUUUAAGCAAGUAAAAUAACUUGUACCAAUUCAAUAACAAUGUGUAAUUUUUGUAUAGAUUAACACUGCAAUGAUUUUGUCAAUUUUAACACGGACUCAUUUUGUGGGUGGUUUUACAGUUGCGGGAAACUGUUUCUGGUUGAUUAGUUAGUAUGACACCGUUGUCUU